ACACAUCAAACUGUUAAAUAAUUGUGUUUCUUGUCAAACCACCAGAACAUUGUGAAACCUGUCAAAAGAAGCACAGCAAAUUCAGCGGUGGGUUGUUUUCUGGAAGACAAUGAGUGGAUGUCCAUUUUUGACAAGAAAGCAUCAUAGAUUUAAAGCCAAAUCCAGUGACGUAGAUGAUGCCCAGCAAGGCAUCAACAAUGCCACCAAGGGAGGAAUCUCCUACAGAGACUACCUACAGCUGGAUAAGAUUAAUAACGCUCAGGUUCUGCAGAGUGAACUGAGAGGCAAAAAAAUCCAUGAUGAGCACCUGUUCAUUGUCACCCACCAAGCUUACGAGUUAUGGUUUAAGCAGAUUAUAUGGGAGCUUGAUUCAGUGAGGAAAGUUUUUAUCCACAAUCAUGUUCGUGACGAGAGGAACAUGCUGAAGGUGGUGAACCGGAUCCACAGAAUCACCAUGAUCUUCAAGCUGCUGGUGGACCAGUUUGCUGUGUUGGAGACCAUGACAGCUUUAGACUUCUUUGACUUUAGGGAGUACUUGUCCUCAGCUUCAGGUUUCCAGAGUCUUCAGUUUCGCCUUCUUGAGAAUAAAAUGGGAGUUUCAGAAAAUCUGAGAGUUCCGUACAACCGCCGCCACUACAAAGACAACUUCCAUGGGCAGGAGAGUGAAGCUUUGCACAGAUCAGAGCAGGAGCCUACUCUGCUGCAGCUUGUGGAGCAAUGGCUGGAGAGAACACCAGGCCUUGAAAAAGAUGGCUUUAACUUCUGGGGUAAACUGCAAGCAAAUAUUGAGGAAGGUUUCAAGUUGGAGAAGCAUAAGCUUGAGAAAAUGCCAGAUUGUGAGACAAAGCAGGAUAUGCUGGAAGAUCUCAAGAAGCAGAUUGAAAUGUUCACCUCCCUGUUUGACUCCAAACGGCAUGAUCAUCUUUUAAGCAAAGGUGAUCGUCGGCUCUCCUACACAGCCCUUCAGGGAGCUCUGAUGAUUUACUUUUACAGAGAAGAGCCUCGAUUUCAAGUGCCUUUCCAGUUUCUGACAUAUCUGAUGGAGGUUGAUGUACUUAUGACCAAAUGGAGAUAUAAUCACGUGUGCAUGGCACACAGAAUGAUCGGCAGUAAAGCUGGCACAGGUGGCUCCUCAGGUUACCAUUACCUGCGCUCUACUGUCAGUGACCGUUACAAAGUGUUUGUGGAUUUGUUCAACCUGGCUACAUUUCUGGUCCCACGGGCCUGGAUUCCCAUACUGAACCCCAGUGUCUAUAAGUUCCCCUACACGGCCGAGUGCAGUGACAGCUCGUACAGCUCCUGCGGCUCAUGCAGCAGCGAGGAAGACUAAACAAACCAAGUGCCCUGGCAUGGCAGUGAUGUUCAGAGAUGCUAAUUCCUUCCAAAGAAAAUGACUGUAAAAUUGCUGCAAGCAUUAUUACUUGGUGACACCUAAUGACAACAUUGCAUACAGGCUGCCUAGACUUCAUAAUUACCAAAAGAAACUUAGCAACAGUCACAGAAAUUCAUAGAAUAUUUGCUCAUUAAUCAUGCCAUAACCUUGUUGUGUAGAAACAAUGUAGUCACUGUACACAGUAUUUAUAAGCUACCAUGUGCAAUCAGAGAUAUUAAUCCUAGCAGCGCUUAUCGUUUCAAAUAAAACAUGUUAAUAUGCUUGCAGAUAAUUCUUAUGUACAUAUGAUAUGUAUUUUAGGUAACUGUAGCCUAAUGUGACAGUGCAAUGUAAAAAUGUAUAUUACAGUAUAUAUUUUAGUAGAAACUGCUGAUUUUGUCCUGCACAUUUUUAGACACUGUGUAAUACUGUGAAUAAACUUUUCUACUCUCCCAGACGCACUGUUUUUAAA